CAUGCACAUGGAGGCUGACUUUCAUGUCUUAAUGCACUUGUUCACUGCUACCACCCUGCCUGUGGGGAACCUACAGGGAUAGUGAAUCAUGUCAGCAAUGUAUUCAACAGCAUCAUCCGCCUAUUCUUCUGCACCCAAUAGCAUGGGUGUUGGUCCCAGGCAGAGAAGGACCAAACGAAGAGCGCCAGUUCCAAACAAUCAAUCAGGACCUUGGAGGGAUUCAUCCUGGGUCCAGAGUUUCUCUUCCCAGGGACCAAGCCCUCUAGGAAACCCCCAGGACCUCAAUCCAGCCUUUGCUCUGCGGAAGAUUGUUCUUCUUCUGGAGAAAGAGAAAUAUGUUGACGUCUCACAACUCAUUAACCAGCUCAACAAUGUUACCAUCAAGUCUGUCCUGCAUGAAUUGCCUAUUCAUACUUUUAUUGAAAACAUCCCAGAUUCCCUUGUCGCAGUAGAGAGUUUGUAUUCUAAACUGUUUGUUCUAGACCCAGAGAGCUUCCCUGUGGAAAAGCUAGCUAUUGAAGCUACAGUUUUCCAGAUUGUGCGACACUUAGCCUUGGCAGACUCCAUGCUUGAUGGUGGCUCCCAUGAAGCAAAUGAUGAAACAAACAAGUCUAUUAGAAACAUCUUACAAAUUGUCCUCUUUGUCAAGCCAGACAUUGUUUCUGUAGUCCAUGCUCGGAAAAAGAUGAUGGACAAUGCCCUCCAAGGGAUAGGUGAGCACAGCUUGGUCAAAGUCGCAGGAUCUCUCAUGAACCUUCAUGAUGGUCUCAAAAUUGAAUUUGAGAAAACUACUGCUUCCUACAAAACAGCCAUUCAGCAGCUUGAACAGCUGAGCCUCUCCAACCCAAAACCGGUCACACUGAAAUCAUUUGCAAAUCGAUCGCUUCCCUCUGCAAACCACCAAGUCCUGAUGACAUACACUGAAGGAGAAAUCCAAGAAAGGCUCUUCAAGAACAAGACUGUGUUGAAUGCUGUUGAAUCCAAUAUGACCAGUCAGCUUCCACACUUGAUCCAGAACCUCAAGGAAAGGAUUGAAAAUGACAAGAAUGCACUUUUGGCAUUUGGGAGAUUACGUCGGGAGAUUAAGGGCAUAGCUGGUGAUGCCAAAGUAGCUCCUGUACUGACUCAGUACUCAAAAAGUCUCAGGUCUGUUCUAGAGGUCUUCAAAGUUCUCUUGGAAGAGCAAUACCCAGAGAGAAAGACACAGAAUCUCAACUUCUCAGACCAUGAUGACCAAGUCCUAAAGCUGGAAGAUGUGGAGGGAGUGCCAUCUAAAGAUUCUGCUAAUUUGGAUACAGAUAGAAGCAAUUCUACUGAUUUUUAUGCUGAUUGA